GAUGUGAACAUUAAAAAAGCAUUUAAUUGAUGUCUAUUUUUUGUCUAUUUUCUUCUCUUUUUUUUUUACAGAAUAAUUACAUCAAGACGUCCAAGUACAACAUUUUCACCUUCCUUCCCAUCAACCUAUUUGAGCAGUUUUUGAGGAUAGCCAACUUUUAUUUUCUUGUACUCUUCAUCCUUCAAUUGAUUGGUCCUAUCUCAUCUCUAAGCCCUGUCACCACUGCGCUUCCCUUGGUUGUUGUGCUUGGAUUAACAGCUAUCAAAGAUGCAGUAGAUGACUUUAGGAGACAUAAAAGUGACAACCAAGUCAACAACAGAGAAUCUUUCAUCCUUGUUAAUGGAGAGCUUACAACUGUAAAAUGGCAGCAUGUUCAGGUGGGGGACAUCAUUCGAAUGAAGAAUAAUGACUUUAUCGCAGCUGACAUCUUACUCUUAUCAUCUAGCGAGCCUCACAGUCUGGUGUAUGUAGAGACGGCAGAGUUGGAUGGGGAAACAAAUCUGAAAGUAAGACAAGCUCUUCCUGAAACUUCAAAAUUAGGAGAGGAUCUAGAAAGACUGAGUGGUUUCCAAGGUGAAAUUCGCUGUGAGGCUCCCAACAAUGUCUUGGAUAAGUUUGAUGGAGCAAUGUCUUGGGCUGGAGAUAGGUUUUCCCUUAAUAAUGAUCAGAUCAUGCUUCGAGGGUGCAGAUUACGAAACACCGCAUGGUGUUAUGGUAUUGUUAUCUUCGCUGGUAAGGACACUAAACUGAUGCAGAACAGCGGAAAGUCUAAAUUCAAGAGAACCAGUCUCGACAGACUACUCAACAAGAUGGUCAUUUUUAUCUUUGGCUUCCUGUUCACCAUGUGCGUGAUUUGCGCAAUCUUAUGCUCAGUGUGGGAGCUGAGAACCGGUAGCGAGUUCCAGGCCUACCUUCCUUGGGAGUACCAGAAUGCUGCCACCAUCUCUACACUUACCUUCUUCUCUUAUGUAAUCCUCCUCAACACUGUUGUGCCAAUCUCACUUUAUGUUACAGUGGAGAUGAUACGACUGUGUCAGAGUCUUCUUAUCAACUGGGAUGUCAAGAUGUACUAUGAUCCAAAGGAGACUGGAGCCAGGGCCAGGUCUACAACCCUCAAUGAAGAACUGGGCCAGAUACAGUAUGUCUUCUCAGACAAGACUGGGACUCUUACUCAGAAUAUGAUGACAUUCAACAAGGCUUCCAUUGGAGGAAGAAAGUUUGGAGAGGUGAAGGACAUCAAUGGGGAUGUCAUGGAUAUAACAGAGGACACACCCCUUGUUGAUUUCUCAUCUAAUACCAUGUGUGAGCCAGGAUUCAAGUUCUAUGAUCCCAGCCUACUUGAUUCUGUUCAGAGGGGUGAUAAACAUUGCUGGUUGUUCUUUCGUCUUCUAUCUCUCUGUCAUACUGUCAUGCCAGAAACUGAUGCUGAUGGUAAUCUUGCAUACCAAGCUCAAUCACCAGAUGAGGCAGCAUUGGUUGGAGCAGCCAGAAAUUUUGGCUUUGUUUUCAAGUCUCGUACACCAACCACUAUCACACUGGUCGUACAGGGACAGGAAGAUGUCUAUGAACUCCUUCACAUCCUUGAUUUCAACAAUGUAAGGAAACGGAUGUCUGUCAUUGUCAAGCAGGGUCAGAAGAUCAAGCUCUUCUGUAAGGGUGCGGACACCGUCAUCUAUGAACGUCUUGGUUCAUCCAGUGAUGCCUUGAAGGAUGUAACCAAUGAGCAUCUCAAUGACUUUGCUAACGAUGGUCUGCGAACUCUUUGCUUAGCUAUGAAGGAGGUGGAUGAACACACUUAUUAUGAAUGGAGAAAGAGACACCAAGAAGCAUCUUUAGCAACGGUUGACAGAGAGGCCAAACUAGAUGAGGUCUACAAUGAGAUUGAACAAGACUUGGUUCUUCUCGGAGCUACUGCCAUUGAAGACAAACUUCAAGAUGGAGUUCCACAAACCAUCCAAAACUUGCACAAGGCCAACAUCAAACUGUGGGUGUUGACCGGAGACAAGCAAGAGACUGCCAUCAACAUUGGGUACUCCUGCAACCUCUUGAGUGAAGAUCUCAACGAGAUCUUCAUCAUCUCAGCAAAGGAGAAGGCGGAGGCUCGUGAGGAACUUGAGGGGGCACUGUGCAAGAUCAAGGACGUGAUGGGUAUCAAGGAUAAGGGCCAACUGGAUGAUGAUGUCUCCUACCAGAGCAAGGACAUUGAUGAGCUUGGAGAUAUCUACAGUUUUGCCAUUGUUGUAACAGGAGCUGCAUUGGCCCAUCUUCUAGACCCAGAGGUAGAACUAGACUUCCUAGAAGCAGCCUGCUACUGCAAGACAGUAAUCUGUUGCCGAGUGACCCCUCUACAGAAGGCUCAAGUAGUUGACCUUGUCAAGACUCACAGGAAUGCUGUCACUCUGGCCAUUGGUGAUGGAGCUAAUGAUGUCAGUAUGAUCAAGACUGCUCACAUUGGUGUUGGUAUCAGUGGUCAAGAAGGAAUGCAGGCCGUACUGUCCAGUGAUUUCUCCUUUGCUCAGUUCCGUUACCUAGAACGUCUGCUCCUCGUCCAUGGUAGAUGGUCCUACUAUAGAAUGUGCAAGUUCCUCUCCUACUUCUUCUAUAAAAACUUUGCCUUCACUGUCUGUCAUUUCUGGUUUGCAUUUUUCUGUGGUUACUCUGCUAUGACGGGCUAUGACCAGUGGUUCAUCACAGCUUACAAUACUAUCUUCACGUCUACUCCUGUUAUAUCACUCGGAAUAUUUGACCAGGAUGUGAAUGAUGAAAUGAGUAUUCGAUUCCCAGCGCUCUAUAAACCAGGCCAGAAGAACAAAUUCUUCAACUGGUUUGUAUUCCUAAAAAGCCUUUUCCAAGGAGUCAUUACUUCACUCGCCUUGUUCUUCAUUCCAUAUGGUGCCUUGUCUGAGAAUCUGUCCCCUGAUGGUCAGCCUAUACACACACAGUUCCUCUUUGGCGCUAUUGUGGCGUCUAUGCUUGUUCAUGUUGUCAACUUAAAGAUUGCCAUAGAUACUUCCUAUUGGACUGUCUUUAGUCACCUAUGUAUCUGGGGCAGCAUUGCCCUCUACUGGCUGUAUGCUCUUCUGCUAUACUCCGAGCCCAUAUAUGAACUUCUGAGGGCGACAUUUACCUAUGUGGGAGUCACAUUUGUUAUGUGUCGUCUGCCGACAUUCUGGUUCACCAUAGCUCUCUUACCUGUCAUCCUCCUCUUUCCCGCUCUUGGAAGACGAUCGCUGAGCAUGGAUGUUGCGCCGACGUUGACGGACCGUGUUAGACUGCUCCAAAGGAAGGAGGCACGGGAGGCCAAGAAGGCGAAGGGAAAGGGAGACGUGGAGCUGACAAAGAUCCGAAACAAGAGUGCAAUCCCCUCAAGGAUCGGCUCUGCCCGACCAGGAUCUCGCAUGGGGAGCGGAAAGUCGCGACCUGGAUCGGUCCGCUCCGGUUACGCCUUCGCACAUCAAGAGGGCUUCGGGGAAAUGAUCACGUCGGGGCGUAGUAUGCGUAUCAAGGAUCCACCAGAAAAGAAUGGAACAACCGGUGGUGUCAAGAAAUCAAAGAGUAAGGAGAAUGUGGAAGAGAAGAAGGAGAAUGGUGUUACUAUGGUAACAGAUGAAGAAAUUAAUGAGAUAUUAGCAUAGUACCUACAAAUUAUAUAAUACAUGUCAUCUGGACCCAAAAGACUAUUAUUUCACGACACAGGUACAUGUAAUGUCCCUCUUCCUUGUAACAGUUUACAUUUUUUUUUUAUAUUCAUGGUGUGUAAAGAAUUACUAGUAAUGCCUUAUAUUUAAGCCUAAAUGACAAAAUCUUGGGUAAUUUUAUUCUUUUUGAUCUUAUUUAUUUAUGAGCUAUAUCAUAAAAAUGAAAAGUAAUAUCAAUUAUAUUUAUAUCCCAUGCUUACAUCGUACGUGUAUAUAUAUAUAAAUAUAUAUAUCCUUGCCUCUCCUCGCCCUCACAAAGUGAAGACUUUCCUAAGUUGUAAUAGUCUUCUUGUUUUAUUAAAUUGAUGAUUAAAAUGAAUUUCGUAAUAGAACACUAAUAAAAGUGACCAUCUAAUUCUUUAAAGUGCUCAGAAUGAAUAGUUUCAUUAACAUUGCCACAAAAAUCAUUGACUUUAAGAUUUUCAUAAUUUCAAGUAUCAUAUGGAGAUGUAUAUUCAAAGACCAAUCAUUCUAAUGAAAAUUACAAGGUAAUUUAUUUUCAAAAACCUUGCAUUGUAUUGCAAUUAAUUUUUAAACUGUAGAAAUUCCAGAUAGAUUGCUGUAAACAUUCAAAGUCAACCUACGAAUGCUGUUGAUUUGUUGACAGCUCUUAAAAUGAAUGAAGUAUUAAGAUACAGUUGCCUUAAUCUUAGGUUAUUGCUUUGAUACCAAAAUAUCAUACUGACCAGAAAGGUUUAUAAUCUUCUAGUUUACUGAUUAAAGUAAGAAAAAAACCAGGAUCCUGUUUCAUAAAACUUGUUACAAUAACAAAUCUGCAAUAACAGUUAAAAGCUACUGAAAUCAUUCAAUUUGAUUGGCUGAUAACAGAUUUGUCAUAGAAUUUGGGCAGUUCUUAUUAUAACUAGUCUUUAUGAAACGAGACCCAGUAGUUUUCCUUCAAACUUCCAAUGUAGGGUACAUUAUUCUUUUUAUUUUAAGUUCUCACAGUUGGUACAGAUAAAAAAAUUGUGUGUUCCGAUUCAUCCAGAUAUUACUUAGAUUGUUCUGGAAACACAUUGUCAAAGGAGAUACAUGUAGAUCGAAAGAGGCCUUCUUUCUUUCGUAUACAGAAACCUUUGUUUCCACAACGAUACACUUAAAUCUCCCUGAAGAUGAGAAUAUGCAGUCAAUGAUUUAUUGUUGGUUAGUGUUUAUUUAGUGUUGGUGUCAAGAAUUUGGGUGUUAAGAGCUGUUGAUUCUAGUACAUGUACAAACACCAAAUUUGGGUUUAUAGAUGUUAUACCAAUGACAUUAUUUGUAGCUCUACACCUAGUUUAACUCUGACUUAGCACCAGCUCCAUGUCACAUCCAGUGUUAUGUCUGGUGCUAGUUUACUUAAACACCAACACCCAUUUUUAAUCACCCUGUGCUUGAAACAGUGGGUGAUUUUUAGGAGCAACGUUUUUUUUUUUUUAACAAAGUGUGAACCUAAUAAUUAUGUGCCAAACAAAUUUAAGCUGGAACAUUGUAUCGUACCAGCUGAUACAAGUGCAUCAAUUAUUUCAAUUUUCAGUCUAUGUCGUGAGAUUUAAUAUUUCUGUCUUAUUUGAAAUCAGUUUCAUUUUCAACUUUGAUGAACUUGUCAGUAUACACACAUCAGGGAACAUGUUUCAUAAAGAAGGUUAUUAACAACAAGACAGUGUAAAUUUACUUUUAUAAGCUUAUGAAUGCAAUUUGAUUGAGUAAGAGCAAAUUUCAUUGAAUUAAAGAAGUUUCACUGAUACGAUGCUUGUGGUUUAUUUAAAUGUUUGAAAUAAAAAAGUUCCUUUCAAUAUCAUGAAGUACUUCACUCAAACCUAUGAUACCAAGUAUAUUAUAAAAAAGAACUCUUGUUGGUCUAAAAACCAUUUGCCUAACUGUUUUUUUUUUUGUCAUAAAGCUUUUGCAUUGAAUGUAAAUGAGGACCAAAAUACUAGUUAUUACUUGUCUUAUAACCUUACACAAAUAUUUUACCAAUAUUAAAUACUUACUGAUAUUUCAAGGAUUUUUUUUUUUUGGGGGGGGGAAUGUUUGAAUGUCUUAUUUGUACUUUUUUUGGUAACUGCAUUAUUUUGAAAUCAAAAGAUUAUAUGACAUUGGAACAUUUUAAUACUUCAUUAAGAAUGUAAUUGAGUUUUGUGAUGAAACCACAUCCAAUUGCAAAGUAAAUUAAAAAUCCAGUCUAAGUUUUAAAGACGUUUGUGUUGAUACAGUCAAUAUCCUACAAUUAUUUGCCCUAUUACUUAGAAUGUUUAACAGUACUGAAGCAUUACCAAAUAACAUCAUCUUUUAUAAUCAUUCAUUACAGUUGGCAGAUUUUGAAAGAGUUUGUUUUGAUGAGGCGACUCCAUGUAAUUUACAUUUGAUAUUAAUCACAAUCAUAAUCCAAAUCAGUCUACAUGUCGCUGAUGUAUGCCCUGUGUACUUUCCACCCCUUGAUAAAUAUCAUAAACAGUAUAAUUUCAUGUAUCAGUGUAGGGAUUUUUACUCUAAGAUUGUGUAGUUAAUAUAUCUCCUGAAUUAUUGCUGCACAGUGUAACACAUUUGUGUCUUUGAUCAUGUGUUGUGAGUAUGCAAUAUUGUCUAACAAUGUCUGCAUUAAUCCUUUCAACACAAUUUAACAAUAUAUUCCAUAUACCAUAGCCUUAGUUACCAUCGUCAUAGAGCUCAAGUGUUAAAACCAAAAUAGGAAAAAUCAGCUUGGCAGUGUGUUUGCUAAGUAUAUUUUUCAUUUGGUUGGAAGGAGCUCUCCCCCCCCCCCCCCCCCCCGCCCCUUUCCCUGGUGAAUAUGAUCAGAGGUAGUGCCAUGGGUAGAUCCUUCACUUCCUUGCAAGAGUUUGAUUUGUUGUUUUUUUCAGAAUUUUAUUAAACACAAUAUUUCUUUACAUUACUGUGAGAGGUGUUACACGUACUGACAGUAGUGUUUUUAGUAGCUGAGCCUCGUGGUCAUAAUAUUUUUAUAUAAGUGGAAUAUCAUGUUGUCCUAAUAAUGAAUGUAUUCUUUACUGAUAUUUAGCAUAUGCCUGAUCUUUCAUUGUGCAGAUUUAUUGAUAAUAAAAAGUGUAUGAGGUCACCAUAUUCUAGAAAUAGCAUGUUUGCAUGUUCCAAAUAGCUUUCAAGUGAAGAAUGUACAUGCAUAGCAAGACCUGGGAUUAAAUUGAUAAUGUUCUCACAUAGUCUCCAUUAGUGCAGGUAGUUAGUAAAUAAUGGUUUUCAUUUGAUGUGGGGACAUUUCAAAUAAUCAUGAAAGACGAUUUCCAAUGGUUUGUCCAAUGGUGUAGGAAUGCUUAAAUUUGCCAUUCUGUAAAAGCCUUAAUUACAGAAAACUUUGUAACUAGUCAGGAGUUGGUUUAUGUUCAUAGAAGUGUUAUGUCUUUAGGUCAGUGUCUUUCAAUCAUUCACUACUCUGAUUUAAUUGAUUUGCUGAAUAGUAAUUUUAGAAAAUGCUGAAAAUAAUGGGACUUUCACUGCAAUUUUUUUUCAAAUAUAUAGUGUUUUCAAUGCACGAAUGCUUACUGGUACUGCACACAUAAUGGAGGCCGAGUGAGAUAUGAUCCUGUACUUACCUUUUAAUUCCAGAAAUAAAAUAUACUCAACUUUCAUAAUUGAGAAUCCAGUCCUGUAGUAUUUGUUGUAACAAGGAUUAGACAACAACUUUAUAUAUAUGUGAUGCAUAAGAAGAAAAUCUACCUCCCCUGGUAUUGGCUGUACAUGAACAAAUUAUCAAAAUUAGACAUGGCUCAACUUUUGAUUUGUGCCCAUCAUAUCUUGUUUAUUUCCACAUUUACAAUUGAAAUAAAUUUUGGUAUAAUCAAUACUUGUAUUCAUAUAAUAAUUUCAUAAAGGUAUUUUCAGUAA